UCGCACCGCAUACACUAUCCAUCCAUCCAGUGAACGUUUAGUCGUCGUUCGAUCGCCAUAUCGAACGGUUUACUCGUGUCGAGUACUUUUUUUUCGCACGUCGUCGGAUUAUCGGAUUAAUUUCGAGCGUGUGUUUCUCGUUGUUUUUUCUUUUCCUCUCUCUCUCUCUCUCUUUCUCUGUCUGUCUUUAUUUAAAAUAUCGUACAAGGACGACGAUCAUCCGAUCGAUCACGCGCCCAUAGAUCGAGGCACGUUUUUUUUUAUUAUUGUUAGAAAUCGUUAGGAAACCAUGGGAGUGAACGAAUUGGUGAUCGCGGUUCUGACCGUGUGUAUCGGCGCCUACUUGCUCACAGGAAAACGACGACGCUUCAUUUAUUUGCUCUACAAAACCUUACCUAGAGACGUGCUGGGCGCGUACAGAUUCAUUCGGGUGAACGUGUUGCUGUGGUGGUGGGAAUGGCAAAAAUUAACCGUGGCCAAGAUAUUCAGCAGGCAAGCCACGGCUAAUCCGGAAAAGAUCGCUUUCAUCUUCGAAGACAAGGAAUGGACUUACAGGGAGUUGGAAGGAUACAGCAAUCGGAUUGGGCGUUACUUCACCGGCAAAUCCUUGUCCCGAGAAGAUAGCGUUGGCCUUAUUAUGGAAAGUCGGCCCGAAUACGUAGGGAUCUGGCUGGGUCUGAGCAAAGCCGGUUUGGUGGGCGCUCUUCUCAACACGAAUCUUCGACAGGAUGUCCUGAUGCACAGUAUCAAAGCAGCCAAUUGCAAGGCUGUCAUCUUCGGGUCGAAUUUCAAGGACGCAAUGGUCGAAAUUAGAGAGAGAAUUCCCAAUGUGGCUUUGUACCAAUGGUCCGAACUUCCCGACACAUCGUGCCUGGAAGGAGCGAUCGAUCUGAACCCGGAAAUUAGUAGCGUAGAUUCGGGACCCUUGGACACAGUGGCCCUCGGUACUCCUAGGGACAAAUUGAUCUAUAUAUACACGUCUGGCACCACAGGGAUGCCGAAAGCUGCCGUUAUAACAAAUUUAAGAUACAUGCUGAUGUCAUGCGGUGUUAACUCCAUGUUAAAUCUACGUCCAACCGAUCGUAUUUAUAAUUCCUUGCCACUCUAUCACACGGCUGGGGGCCUAAUUGGAGUAGGUCAAGCAUUGCUGAGAGGAAUCACCGUCGUGCUUCGCAGACGUUUCAGCGCUUCCAAAUUUUGGCCGGAUUGUGUUCAUUACGAGUGCACCGUUGCUCAGUACAUCGGCGAGAUAUGUCGAUAUCUGCUCACUGCGCCGGCUGCCCCUUGCGAUACUACGCACAAAGUUCGACUGAUGUUUGGAAAUGGUCUCAGACCCCAGAUAUGGAAACCUUUCGUGGAUAGAUUCGGCGUGAAGCAAAUAGGGGAAUUUUAUGGUGCGACGGAAGGGAAUUCGAAUCUUGUGAAUAUCGAUAACACGAUUGGAGCGGUUGGAUUCGUCCCGUUGUGUGGCAGUUCUUUGUAUCCCGUCGCUUUAUUAAGAGUAGACGAAGAGACUGGAGAACCGUUGAGGGGACCGGAUGGCCUCUGCAUUCGUUGUAAACCUGGAGAAUCGGGCAUCUUUGUUGGGAAGAUCAAUCCGAAAAGGGUAUUGAACGAUUUUUCUGGAUACGUGGAUAGGAAAGCAUCGGAACAAAAGAUUCUUCGCGACGUAUUCAGGAAAGGCGAUCGAGUGUUUAAUUCUGGCGACAUUUUGCUCAUGGAUGAAUUCGGAUACUUUUAUUUCAAGGAUAGGACCGGUGACACGUUCAGAUGGCACGGCGAGAACGUUGCCACUUCCGAGGUGGAGGCUGUCGUCAGCAACGUGAUAGGUUUAAAAGAUGCAGCUGUAUACGGAGUCGAGGUACCUGGAACCGAGGGAAAGGCUGGGAUGGUCGCCAUUUACGAUCCAGAAUAUACUUUGAACGUCAAAGAAAUGGCGGACGGCGUGAAGAAGUCUUUGCCGUCGUAUGCCAGACCACUUUUCGUUCGAGUGUUGUCGGAAUUGCCGAUGACUGGUACGUUUAAAUUGAAGAAAAAAGAUCUUCAAGAGGAUGGAUUCGAUAUUAAGAAGAUCACAGACCCGAUUUAUUUCCUCGACAACUCUGGUGUCUACGUAAAGUUAACGGAAGAAAUUUACAACAAUAUACUGGAGGGGAAAAUUCGAUUGUGAAUUCGUAAUUUUUUUUUUUAGCGAGUUCUACUUCCAAAGUAUAAACAAUCUCGUUCUUUUUUUUUUGUAUAAUUUCUAUUUAUUGACGAGAGGAAUAAUCUAUUUAGACAGAUUUAUCUUUUGUCUAAAAAAAAAAAAAUAUCAACAAUAUUUCCGAACGAAAUUUUAUCAAGCCAAACUUGCUAUCGGAAGAAUUGUUAUUACAUUUAUAUACGUAUUUUUAUAUCUAUUUUAAUUUACGAUUCUUAUAAUAGAAACUGUAAGAAAGUUUCGGAGAAAUAGUAGAAUUGUAAGAGAUAGAUAAUAUUUUAAUAGAUGCACGUAUCUCAAGAAAGGAAAAAAAAAAACAAACAAAAAACGAAAGAGAAAGAAAAGUAUUGACUGAAGCAAGAAACUUACGUCUCGAAAAAAAAUUGGUUAAUUUUUUGCGAUGUCGCCUAGACGGAUCAUUUCUCAACAUUUGUCCAGUCGCAUGUAAUGUCCUAGAGAUUUUAAGACUUUUAAGUUAUUUUAUAAGAGGAUGGCGAAGACAGGGAGCGAAACGACUGUAACUCUGUAAAGUAACCGUGUAUAAAACGAAACUCUGCGUCAUAGUUUAAUAAAUUGUCCCCUUGUUGAAAAAAAAAAAAAAAA